AUGGAGGAGCAGCGGACAAUUAACAAUCCGAAUCAAGGGUCACCUCAAGAGGUUUUGUCUGAAAGUACGAUGAUUGCGAGGGGUAGUUCCGGAUUGGGUGUUGUCCGAAUAAACACAAACAAGAUGAAGAAAUAUCCACCAAAGAAGAAUAACAACUUCUACUUUUGCGACUACUGCGAUAGAGUGUUUACAAGCGGUAACGCCCUAGGUGGUCAUCAAGGAAUCCACAAGCAAGAAUCAGAGUUGAGGAGGCAGUAUGAGUAUGAGUAUGAGAUGAGACGAAAACACGUUUUAAUGAAGCCUUGUAUCCCUUACGUGGAUAACAGGCUUUUUGAUCAGUUAAAAAUUGCUUUAUCAAAUGAGAAGCAUCUUGGGAUCUCUACUGGCCCAUUUGACUCCUUACAAGGUGACCGCAGCGGCGGCGUUUCCCCAUCGUUCAUGUCCGAGAGCUAUUCAGUGACUCCAUACCGUUCCGUCAACAGACACCCACAUAGCCCACAUGCUUUAUCACUUGAGCUCUCUCUUGCUCCGCCAUCGCAUCCCAUAGGAAGCAGCAUGAACAACAACAACAACGACAUCGCGUACCGUUCUUCCACCGAGAGCUAUAGAUCACAAGGUGCUUUAUCAAUUACAACAAUACCGGACUUGAACAUGCCAUUGACGCUUCCUUCUCCUCCACGCGCAAAUCUUUCAAACAAUGAGAACGUUUCAGGCUCUAGUUACUUAGAGAUGCUCAUCUCAAAGGGGAAAACAAAAUCGGGGAUUUUUGAAGAUGAUGACAAUACCAAGCGGUUUUAG